AUGUCUGUUAGCCAUAUAAGCAUCUUAUUAUUGGGCUUUUUCACUGCGUCGGUUUUUCCAUGUACUCCCAAUAAUUUUGACGGGAAUUAUAUCGCAAUAAGAUUAGCUGGAGUGGUUAAUAAUUGGCGAGUGAAUAUAGCAGGUGGUCAAAUCGGUGAAAACGCGAAAAUUAUCACUUGGAACAGCGGCGCUCAACCAGCUCCAAACGAAAUUUUCAUGAUAAUACAGCCGACGCGUGGAGUUUUUGAGCUUCUCCCGUUUCUCAGUUUCUAUCGAGAGUAUGCCAUUGGGAUACCAAGUAGCAAUAUCAAUGACACUUUCACAUUGCAAAGGAGAACCAAUUCUAGUACGCAACAAUUCACUUUCGACUGUGAUACUUGUGACAUCCAAACAAAUUCUCAGAGCUGGACACAAUACCACACUUCAUGUAAUAUAAAGAAUAGCGGCUACGGUUUUUGUAUGACUGGUACCGACUAUAGUAAUGCUGUGAAUCAGACUUUUUGUACAGCUGCGAGCAAAUGGGAUCUUUGGGGAAGGAUAUCACCUGAUAUUGUCAAUAUUACUAACUCUAAGACCCCAUCGAAUAUUCAAAAUUCCACGUUCUCAUGGGUUUCCGGCACAUCGGCCCCAGCACCUAACAACGUAAAAGAGUCUCCUGGUGUUCAACUAUCAUCAGGUGCACUUGUAGGCAUAAUUGUGGGAUCUUGCGCGGUUACGGCGCUUAUUGUUCUUUUAGUAGGGUAUUGGUUUUUCCGCCACCGACAAAAAUCUAUCAAGAACGUUGAUAACGUUGAUGGCUUUGAUCACGCCAAUAUUCAAAUUCUCAAUCCAUAA